ACUAUUAUUACAAAACCACUACGGAGAAUCCUCCACAUUCUACAUCUUCCAUACUCCUUAUGAUUUCAUGAGUCCACAACUGCAAACAAAAACAAUAACAAAACAAUUACUUCCACUUCCACCUUUUAAAACAAUAAAAGUGUAAAUAAAAUUGCUACGACAUUAAACUAACAAAGCAAAAAAGGAAGACCAUAAAAUCCUAAUUUACUGCAAAACACUACUACCGUAAACCAGAACUAGUCUUAGUGAAAUGGUUACCGCAUCAACAAAAAGAAGUGAAGUCUGCAAAUUAAGCAUUGUCGAAGACCAAAAACAAUUGCAUUCGAAUCCAAUAAACAAAAAACAGAUUCUGAAUCCAGAAAUCCUACGCUCAACCGCCCUUAAUGCCGAUCUUGAACCAACUAUGCAAACACCAACAAAAAAGUUCAAGAGCUGGCGGCAUGCAAUGUCGCCGAUUACAAAAUGGAUCGACGAUUGAUCAAAUUAAAAACUACAUGAUACGAGCUUGUCGAUGGCGCUGACGAUGGCGACGAGGUCAGGGGCGUUGAGGGCAGUAGCGUUGAGGGCAGCAACGUCGAGGACAGAUCAGGCGAACCCAAUCCCGACAAAGGCCACUGACGAGGGAAAGUUCACCGACGGGAAGGGCUGUGGGAAUCGGCUGGGCUGGGGCGUUGAGGGCGGCGGCGCGCGAGCAAAGCAGAGGGAAAGUUCAACGACGCGAAGGACUGCUGGAAUCGGCUGGACUGGGCUUUGAGGGCAGCAGCGUCGAGGACAGAUCAGGCGAACCCAGUCCCGACAAAGGCCACUGACGAGGGAAAGUUCACCGACGGGAAGGGCUGUGGGAAUCGGCUGGGCUGGGGUGUUGAGGGCGGCAGCGUCGUGAGCAAAGCAGAGGGAAAGUUCAACGACGCGAAGGACUGCUGGAAUCGGCUGGACUGGGCGUUGAGGGCGGCGGCGUCGCGGGCAAAGCAGGCGAACCCAAUCCCAACACCACUGAUAAAGGGUUGCGGAAAUCGAAUGGGCUUCUACUCUCCGAUGGGUAGAGAGAAGAAUAAAAUCUUUACUUGGCUUGACUGUUGGGAUAUCUCCCACCACAAAAAUCUACCCUGUUUCAACCGGCUGAUACCACGGCCUGUAUCAUCUAAUAAAACUCAACUUACCAAAAUGCCCCCGACAAUUAAACACUCCUUUUUAUGAAUUUUAAAACGCAAUUGCUUAGUUGGGUUAGGACGGUGCUAACGGAGUAGAUGGUUAGCAAGCCAUCCCAUCCCCAAGGCCAAAGCCCAAUAAAACGGGGCUGCCACCAAUAAGCAAACCCAUCAGACUAAAAUGCAAGACAAUAUAAAAUGUCUAUAUAAUUUUUUUUCAUCAAACUUCGCCGUAAUGUAAUGGGUACAUCCGACGAACGUUCUUCCUUUAUGAAUUAGACGCCUUGAGCGUUGAUCUUUCUAAAAAAAGAAGAUAGAUGAAUUUGGCCUUGAACCUGCAAUUGCGGCCCCUCUGGCCCUCAAUAGCUUGUAUAAAAAGGCUUUCAUUUUUGGAGUUGGACCUGGAACCCAGUUAGCCUAAAUUAGUGCUCAAGCUUUACUUGCCAUUAGCGGACUUGGAUCAGCAUGAUAAUAAUAUUACAGUUUCGGAUUUGAUGAAGGUUGUCUUGUACUGAAUCCAUCAAUCCAACACUUCUGCUUCAAGGCCCAAGCCCAAUAAAACGGGGCUGCCACCAAUAAGCAAACCCGUUAGACUAAAAUGCAAGACAAUAUAAAACUUCGUCUACACAAUUUUUUACACCUAAAAAUACUUGCACAAAGAAACAGUAACGCAGCAUAUUCUAAUCCUAAUAGUAUAGGUCGUUGUCAAGAUUUCGAUUCAUAUGGUCUUGGAAUAACUUGUUCUUAAAGCUAGUUGUAAUAUGAUUGUUGGGGAAUUAUCUAGUUUGCCAACUUAGUUGUUGGAGAAAUUCAAACAUUAAUUUUAUAUCAUUCUUUUAUGCAAUUUAUUGUAAAAACUCAUUAUAGAGAAUAUUAGUAUUGUAUUUUAAAGUGCCAUCUUCUUACUCAUCACUGGAGAGGGAAAAUAAUGGCAAUAGUUAACAGCUUCAUACAUGUUCAAAAUAAAUUAAGCAUAGAAUUUGAGUGGCCAUAAGCGAAUAGGCGGCGGUUCUACCGCAGUAUUAUUGACUUUCCCCUUAUAUUGACUAGCUUAUAACCCGGCUCGUUGGCCGGAAUGUUCAUAUUUGAUUAUUUAUAAUUUUAUGUUAAUUUUAAGUCUAUCAACCCGUUUAAAUGGUUUAAUUAUAUAUAGGUCAAACACUCGAAGAAAUACCAUCAUCAUUUAAGAAUAUAAAAUAAAAAAUGUAUAAUUGAUUUCAUUUUCAUAAUGAUAAUAUUAUAUUGGUUAGUUGAUAAAAAUAGAAUAUAAAAGCUCAAUGGAAUU